ACGAGCUUACAGUUUGGGGACUCCAGAGUGACUUUGGCGGGUCCCUGGAGCUCCUCUGACCCUGAGGUGGAGGAGAAGGAGGGAAGACAGACGCGGGGAUCUGCAGCCGCCUUCGAAGGGGAAAGGGAGGCACCUUUGAGAGCACCAGUGAACAAACGGGAGAGAGAGAGAGGAAGGUGGCGUGGCCUUGGGAGCCCCCAGAAAAGUGCAUUCAGGCCCCAAAGCCCAGGUCGGCGGGGUGAUCCGUGGCCUCGGGCCCACGCGAGGAGCUACGGUCCGCGCGGAGGCCGACCGUCAGUCGCGGGAAACUUAGGGAAGCAGUGUGAGAGCGGUCACUCGAAGAACAAGGGGGACGCUGUUGCUUUAAGAGUGCCAACGAAAGAGGGGCCGCUGGAAACCGCCCAGCGGCAGCGGGGACGGGGACGCGCAGCAGGCUGGACAAGCGAAGGGGGAGCCGCGGUGGGCGCCCUGCCCCCGUCGUGGCUGACCGGCAGGGCAUCGGCAGAGACAGGCUGGCACCUGGCCAUUACCAAGGCACAGGGCGACGGGGCCGGAGGAAGGACGGAGCGUGAGCGGGAGACGGGCGGUGCUCCCCGGACUCCAGCCGGCAGGACGGGGGGGGAUUGUUAGAUGUGGGGGGAAGACGCCGGCCGAGGCAUGACGCUCCCCGCUUGGGUGCCGCCAACCUCCGGGUGUCGGGGAAGGGGGCGUUUCUAAACCCACCCGAGCAGCGAGGGGGCAGGUGAGCGGGUAGGGGACAGAGGAGAAGGGAUCUUGGCAGGUCCGGCUCAGCCGGGGAUGGCACCGCAUGUGCCCUGAAAGUGCCGCGUGGAGACGGGGUGGCUGGCAACCUGUUGGGGCCGGUGGGAGAGGAUCGGCUGCCCUCCGAGAACUUGGAGGCGGCCGUCACCGUCGCUUUUGAGAAGCCCCCCGAGAGGGCUUUACCAGGGUGGAUUUGGACUUCAGUCCCCGGUCGCGUCCCCUGCGAGGAGAUGGAGAACGGAAGAUUAUCCGGGCCGGAGCAGGAGCUGAUCCGGGAGACAUGGCGGAGCGUGAACAGUAACCCCCUGGAGCACGGCAUGAUUCUGUUUACCAGGCUGUUUGAUCUGGAGCCAGACCUGCUGCCCCUCUUCCAGUACAACUGCAGACAGUUCUCCAGCCCCCAGGACUGCCUCGCCUCCCCCGAGUUCCUGGAUCACAUCAGAAAGGUCAUGCUGGUCAUCGACGCUGCCGUGAUCCACCUGGACGAUUUGUCUUCUCUGGAGGAAUAUCUCACCAACCUGGGCAAGAAGCACAAGGCCAUCGGGGUCAAGCUCAGCUCCUUUUCGACGGUGGGCGAGUCCCUGCUGUACAUGCUGGAGAAGUGCCUGGGCCCCGCCUUCGGCCCCGCCACCCGGGAGGCCUGGACUCGGCUGUUUGCGGCCGUGGUGCACGCCAUGAGUCGCGGCUGGGGCGGGGAGUAGAGCCCAACACCCCCUUCUCCCCCGCCAGCUCCCCCGGCUCCGCGCGCCCCGCCUCUGUUGGAUGUGCCCUCCCACCCAACCGCCCUGCGUUCCCCAUCCCCGGCAACCUUUCGGCAAGGGGGCUCCAGCCGACACCCCCCAUUCCCUCCCUCGCCUCGGCCCAUCACCUGGCUCUGGGUCU